CGCAGCCGGUCGCACCGCCCUCAGCAGCUAGCAGCUCCGUUAGCUCUCCGUAGCUUCAGAUCUGUUAUUAAACUGCUUCCUGUCACAGUUUCUCCUCCACCGGGACUCCUCCACACGCAGCGGGAGGAAACCACACCGAGGCCUCAAAGAAUAUGCCCAAAAACAAAGGAAAGGGAGGAAAGAAUCGGCGACGUGGAAAGAACGAGAAUGAGUCUGAGAAGAGAGAGCUGGUGUUCAAAGAGGACGGACAGGAAUACGCUCAGGUGAUUAAAAUGUUGGGGAACGGACGUCUGGAGGCCAUGUGCUUUGAUGGAACCAAGCGGCUUUGCCACAUCAGAGGAAAGCUCCGGAAAAAGGUUUGGAUUAACACGUCAGACAUCAUCCUGGUCGGACUGAGAGAUUACCAGGAUAACAAAGCCGACGUCAUCCUCAAGUAUAACGCAGACGAAGCUCGCAGUUUGAAAGCCUACGGAGAGCUGCCAGAGCACGCCAAAAUCAACGAGACAGACACCUUCGGACCUGGAGACGACGACGAGAUCCAGUUCGAUGACAUUGGCGAUGAUGAUGAGGACAUUGAUGACAUCUAAAGACGUGCUACUGGAGGGGGAAGGUGGGAUUUUACUAGAGAUGAUCCGAUUGGGAUAUUUUGAGCCGAUACAACGCACCAAUAAUGAUUAUUUUUUAUUAAGAUCAGCCUAUGCCAAUCCAAUACAGUUUAUUGAUAACACAGUAUGUUUAAGUUUAUUCCAGUUUUUGUUAACCAUCGGUAGACGUCUUUUGUUAUUCUGAGAACUUUUUAAAAGUGCAUUUCACUUCGUAGGAGAGAAAAACGACACCAGUACUUUUGAGUUUAUUGUUAACACGAAUGAACCUGAAUGAUGCUGCUUUAGUACGACUGUCUCAGUUAUCACUCGUAGCAACUGGAGGGGGGCGACGCAGCGGGCUGCCUGGUGACUGACGAUGACGCAGACAGUUUGCUUUCUUUGCCUUCAUGCAGUUGGAUUGGAGAAUCAGACUAGGCUGAUCACCAGCAUCAUAUUUAGGGUGAAUAUCUGGACCAUAGCCGGAUUAUUUACCUUGUUUUUCCUGCAUCUCAUUCAGAGGUUCUCUUUUUAUUUUUUAUUUUUUUCUUCCCGUAUUGUUAAAAAAAACAUAGUAUUUAGAUUCCCGCUGAUAUACAAUGACUGCAAGAUAUCUCACCAUCUUUUUACAAUGUAUUUAUAUUGAUUUCACACUAUGUGGAAUUUAGCAACAAGUACAGAAUCUCUGGAUUCGCUAAUAAAAAGAUAAACCAUUA